AUGAGUGAGUUGGACACUCAGAAGACCUGUGAUGGAACUGUUUCUCGUCUGCUCAAUGUGGUGGAAAGUGAGCUUCAGGCAGGGAGGGAAAAAGGCGACCCUACAGAGAAGCAACUUCAGAUCAUUCUGGAGGAUGCCCCUCUCUGGCAGAGGUUCAAGGAAGUCACUAACGAAAUGAUCGUGACCAAGAACGGCAGACGGAUGUUCCCAGUCCUAAAGAUUAGCAUCACAGGGCUGGACCCCAAUGCCAUGUACUCACUCCUUCUGGACUUUGUCCCAACGGACAGUCAUCGCUGGAAGUAUGUCAAUGGAGAAUGGGUGCCUGCAGGCAAGCCAGAGGUCUCCAGCCACAGCUGUGUCUACAUCCACCCAGACUCCCCCAACUUCGGUGCCCAUUGGAUGAAGGCACCCAUCUCCUUCAGCAAAGUGAAGCUGACCAAUAAGCUCAACGGAGGUGGGCAGAUAAUGUUGAAUUCUCUGCAUAAAUAUGAACCCCAGGUUCACAUAGUGCGUGUUGGAGAUGCCCAUCGAAUGGUGAUGAACUGCUCCUUCCCUGAAACCCAGUUCAUAGCUGUGACUGCCUAUCAGAACGAGGAGAUAACAGCUCUCAAAAUCAAGUACAACCCUUUUGCCAAAGCCUUCUUGGAUGCUAAGGAAAGGAACCACCUCAAGGAUAUUCCAGAAGCUAUGUCUGAAAGCCAGCAUGUGACCUAUUCUCACUUGGGAGGCUGGAUCUUUUCCAAUCCGGAUGGAGUGUGCACUGCAGGAAACACCAGUUACCAGUAUACUGCUCCUUUGCCUCUGUCUGCUCCCCACACCCACCAUGGCUGUGAGCACUAUCCUGGCAUCCGAGGACACCACCGGCAGGCUCCCUACCCUUCUGCGUACAUGCAUAGAAAUCAUUCUCCCUCAGUGAAUUUGAUAGAAAACUCCAGCAAUAAUCUGCAAGUUUUCUCUGGAGCUGACAAUUGGACUUCCUUAUCCUCCACACCCCACGCCAGCAUCCUGUCUGUACCCCACACCAGCGGACCAGUCAAUCCAGGGCCUAGCCCAUACCCAUGCCUGUGGACCAUCAACAACAGUGGCGGGGGCCCUGCUGGGUCGGGCUCAGAGGUGCAUGCCAACUCUCCGGGAGCAUUUCUCCUGGGUAACCCAGCUGUGACUUCGCCUGUCUCCACCCAGACACCCACUUCGCUUAUCCAUGCCAUGCUUAGGCAACAAAAGUUCGUUGAGUACCUUCCUUGUGCCCUGACCCUUACUCUCAAAUGAUUCUAGAAGGCUGCCCCUCCUGUUCUGUGGACAUAGUGUAAAGCUGGUAAGUGAGCUCAAAAUUUACCUAGCCUAAGGCUAAUGCUUCAUAACUUUGUACAGUCCUAAAGGUAUGUGUAGCCACAGAGCUUCUGCUUUGAGACCAAGAGAGGGUGUGAGGCCAUGGAGUGAAGUUAACAGAAGUCGAGUUAAUUACAUGUUAUAGCUUUGAGAAUUGAGGAAAUGAAAUCAUGUUGCUCCUUGGCUCAGAAACUUUGGAUGACUCAGCAUCACCUACAGAUCAAAGUUGAUCUCUGCCAUCUGCCCUCAAAACAUUUCUCCAGCUUUAUCUCCAUGUUACCCCCUUGGCAUCCUCUGUUUCAGUCAAGGCAUACAUUCUGCCUCUAUCUUGUGAACAUUCAGUGUUCUUUCCCACCUCUGUACCUUCUCUCCUGCCUGAAAUUUCCUUCUCUGCUCAGUUCCACCUGUGCGAAUCCUGCUUAUCUCCCAUGGACUGACCAGAGCAUCACCUGCUGCACCAAGCAUUUGAUCUGCCUGGGUUCCCUGCCUUCCCACUGGUUUUGCCUCUGUUAUAGAGCUCAUCUCAUGCUCCCUUGUAUUUUUAGUACCUGUGUCUCUCUUCCACUAGAUUGUGAGCCCCUUGAGGGAAAGACCCAGCCUUCUCUUCUCUGUUCCCCACAGCAGCACCUGGUUCUGUGCCUUGCCUAUAGGAGGUGCCCAAUAAACUCUGGCUGAACUG